GCAACUAGUUGUAGUCAUGUGAUCAUGUGAGGUGAAAAUGGCUGCUACGGGGGACGAGGCCGCUGCGAUGGACAGCAUCAGUAGAGUUGCACCCCCGACCGACCUCAACCUUCAGCCCGAGCCAGAUCAAAAGAAAGAUGUGUCCGGGACAGAGAACCGGGCGCCCGCAACAAAAAGACCCAGCAAUAACAAUGACGGAGGUGUGGAGACAGCAGAAGAAGCUACUGAGCCUGCUGAACCAGACAUCAAUGAGCUCUGCAGAGACAUGUUUGAUAAGAUGGCAGUGUUUUUACAAGGAGAGCUCACUGCCACGUGCGAGGACUAUAAACUUCUGGAGAACAUGAACAAACUUACCAGUCUGAAGUAUAUGGAGAUGAAGGACAUAUCAAUCAACAUCAGCCGCAACCUGCAAGAUCUUAAUCAGAAAUAUGCCAGUUUGCAGCCCUAUUUGGAUCAGAUUAACCAGAUAGAGGAGCAGGUUACAUCUCUGGAACAAGCUGCUUAUAAACUAGACACAUAUUCAAAAAAACUGGAGGCCAAGUUUAAGAAACUGGAGAAACGGUGAACAUUUUUGUAUGUACGUGUGUGACCUGGGUGAUAUACAAGCACACUUUAAAGUAGUUGAGAUUGUCAUAACCUAUACCGGAUAAAGGAAUGUUCAGAAGGUAACCUUAAGAAUUUACAUUGUACAUAUGUUGACUGGAGGUUAAGAUUUGGGUUAAAGGCGGACCAGGCGAAUAAAGCCGAACAGGCUUGCAGGAAUCAUAAUAAAAUGUCCUCAAACUGUACGCUUUCAAAGCAAUGUGGUUUCUUAAGAUUUCAAGGCAUGAUUUACAUGUAAAUACAGUAUAGUAUAAUGCUUGUUAUGUGUUGCUAAGAACAGAUGACACUUAUGCAUGUUAAAUAGUGGCACUAAUACAUUUUAUUUGUUUGCUUAGAAAAGCAAACAUUUUGUAAGCGUUUUUGUAUUGCUGUUUAAUUAUUUUUAAAGCUUUGUCUUUAAUAAAAAUGUAAAUUUGUGAACUUUUGAAUAAAUAGAAUCAGAAUAAAAA